AUGUCUACUUUUCGCAACUCACCUCGCUCCUCUCCCUUCCGCAGACCUGGCUCGCCUUCCUCGCCAACAUCGGCCAGAGAACGUCCAUCAACCCCACCAUCACAACGAGGAGCAUCCCCAAUGACUUCGCCAUCCAAACUCAAGCAGUCAUAUACCGUGUCGGAAGAGGAAGAGGACGAAGACAUUGUCGGCACGCCCACCAGAUCGUCUGCAAACCAUCAUGGUUCGUAUAUGCGAGCGCAGACCGAGCCUCCUCCUUCACCUUCUGCACGACGGCUGCCAGAACCACCAAAGGCGUCCGAGACCUACAGUCGUCCGGCAGCACGAUCGAUAGACUCGAGUCGACCGCCUCAACGUUCCAACUUAACCCCUUCAACGCUCAGUCAAGCAGACCCAUUAUCGAAAUUGCCACCAGCCCUGCUUCACAACCUUCGAGAGUCAUUUUCAGUGCUGGACUCGAAUUCGUCCGGACACAUCACACCAGCCUCCAUCUCCGAGACACUUUCUUCCCUUGGGAUUCAGGAAUCCAACUUGGCCCAAUUUUUUCCUUCCGGACAACCGCAGCAGCUUUCACUCCCACAGUACCUCAACCAGCUAGCCUCUCUUCUGGCAGCACUUUCACCUCAGCAAGAGUUGCUCAACGCAUUUUCUGCGUUUGACGAUGACGACUCAGGUCAGAUUGAUGUCGCUGAACUCAAGUCUGCUCUCUUGACCACAUUGCCAGAUCCUGGCGAGCAGCGAUUAGCCGAGCGAGAUGUUGAUCGCGCCUUGGAGGGAUAUACCGGCCGUCGCAUCCUUGGACGCAACACCGGCGGUAUUUCAGGUGUACGCGGCAUCAACACUCCAGCACAAAAGCGAAACGGCGGUGACGUCUUCCGAUACCAAGAGUUCGUCGCUAAUCUCACUGGGGGCCCGCCGGUCAUGAGUGCGGGUCCGGGACAAGAACAAGUCCAAACAGGUGGAGGCGGAUUAGCGAGGUAG